AUGGCCGUCGUGCGUCGAGCACCUGCGCUGGCACACCCGGCGCAAAAUCUCGGAGGGUGCGCCUUCGGGCCGGGACACAGCCGAGCAGGAGUGACGGACGCAGAAGAAGUGUUUGACCGGUUCCGAGCUCAACGCGAGACAUCUCAGCGUCUCAACUACUUACAGCAGACUACAGAAGAAGAGAAGCUGGGCUUAGAACAGACGCAGACCACGCUCAUGGCUGAAUUAGAGGCUUUCAAGUUUGCCUCCGUCAAGGAUAAAGAUGAAGCCCAAGAUCAAAUAACGGCGUUGAAGGAAGAGAUAGAAGCAGAGAACGCAAUAUACGAGGAGUUGGAGAAGAAUAUGGAUGAGCUGGAGAAUUUGUUGCUAGAGAUCAAGAGACUGCUUUAUGACCUGUGCAAGCUUUUGGAUAUCAUUCCAGAGCCCAGUAUGCCAGAAUGGACGGCCGAAGCUAGAGACGUGCAGGAACUGGUGCAGGUGCUGACCACACGGUACGAGAAGGCGAGGCUCAAAGUAGAAGAUGUUAAGGAAAAGCAGAAGGAUAAUACUAUUAUCAUGGUGCCUUCUAACCCGACCAGCGCGGCAGCAUCAGUAGCUGGGCUCAGCGGGCAGAGCCACAGCACUCACAAGGAAUCGGAGAAGAACAUACCCACAUACAAGGAGCUGGUGACGAAGGAGCCGGUUAAAGCACAAACAUCUGAAGAUGACGAGGAUAUCCCUUCGCGGUGUUACCUGAAGAGGCAGGCGCAGCUGAUUGUGGACACCAAGUGUAGGAGGAAGGGUUUCCGACUACCGCUCAAGCGGUAGAUGGAGUUCUAUUGUCUAGGCGGAAGAUGACUACGAUAUUUUGUUUGAAAAUAACUUUCAUCAUUUGUAUAGUUCAUUUAGAAGUGCUGUAGGUAGUUAAAUUGCAAAUUUGUUUUUGGUAAU